AUGGGUGCAGGGAAGUUGAUGAACGAUCACCCUGUCCUCGCCGCGGCGUUCGGGAUAGUCGGCGGCGGGCUGGCCGUGGCAGCAUUCUACGUGCUGAUUGAGGGGAUCUGCCGCUGGAUGGAGAGCAAGAUCAGGCCCGUCAACAACGCCCCAGUUGUGCCAGUAGCAGUUGCAGGGCCGGCGGCCGUCCGGGCGGGAGUGGAGAUGAACCCCCCGCAGCCGCAAGCCAGGGUGAUGGACUGA